AUGUGGCUACUUAAACAUAAGCUUAGGUCUGAUGGGAGUUUGGAACGUUACAAGGCUCGACUGGUUUGUGAUGGUCGUAGUCAACAGGGUUUCACGCAGAGUAAAUCGGAUAACUGGCUAUUCAUAUAUCGGCAUGGUCGAGACACUGCAUAUCUUCUUAUUUAUGUCCAUGAUAUUAUACGGACCACAUCCUCGGAUGAGCUUCGUAGGCGAUUAAUGUCUGCUCUCACAAGCGAAUUUGCUAUGAAUGACCUUGGUCCACUUACUUAUUUUUUGGGCAUCUCUGUUACAAGGUCAGGAAAUUGCAUGUUUUUAUCUCAGCAGGCUUACACAAGAGACAUUAUACAUCGUGCCGCUAUGGAUUCCUGUAAGCCUGUUGCCACCCCUGUCGACACUAAUCUGAAACUUGGCAGUGCCUCCUCUACUCCGUUUCAUGACCCGACUACUUAUUGCAGCCUCGCUGGUGCUCUUCAGUAUCUCAGAUUCACCAGACUAGACAUCUCCUAUGCGGUUCAGCAAAUUUACAUGCACAUGCAUUCUCAUACUGAGGAUUACUAG